GGUUUAUGGGCUAUCACUGACAUUUGUGGGGGGAAAAAGAGUGUAAUACUUUAAAUGUAGUUAUAAGACACUACAGCAGAGACACUGCAGAUAAUGCUUAACAGUCAAACAGUUUUUAUUUUUAAUCUAAAGGAGCGGUGCUCUCAUGGCUCGUUUAUAAAGUUUCAAUCUUCUUUUUGGUUUUAGGUCCAGAAAUUGAUGGGAGUGAGAAAAACACAGUUGGACUGUGACUUUGAGGAGUCAGGAAGUGAUUCCUCUGGGUCUGAAUUAUGCAGCAAGAUGAACCCAGAUUACAUAAGAAAGCUUCUGUACACAAUGGAACAAGGGGCCUCCACCUUCACGGGAAAGACACAAUUGAUCCUCCUGUCUCUGAUGGAGGUUCUGACCUCUUGUCCCCCAAAAGGAGACUUGAGUCCCUCAGUGAAGAUGGGAGUUCAGAUGUAGAUGUUCUAGAUCUGAGUCCAGGAACAAGGUUGGUGAAGAGGCCCUCACAGAAGAAGAAAAGACGUAAAAAGACCAAGAACGUGGAAGCAAUGGAUGGAGGUUCUGACCUCUUGUCCCCCAAAAAGAGACUAGAGCCCCUCAGUGGAGAUGGAAGUUCAGAUGGAGAUGUUCUAGAUCUGAGUCCAGGAACAAGGUUGGUGAAGAGGCCCUCAGAGAAGAAGAAAAGACGUGAAAAGACGGUGGAAGAAAUGGUUGUAGAUCUGAGUCCAGGAACAAGGUUGAUGAAGAGGCCCUCACAGAAGAAGAAAAGACGUAACAAGACCAAGAACGUGGAAGCAAUGGUGCCGCCCACAGUAAAGGUGAAGGUGAAAGACCGUGGAGGGAAGCAGAGAGGAGUAAAGGUGAAGAGACCGUGGAAGGGGAAGCAGAGAGGAGUGCG